AUGACGAUAUUAUCAACUAAAAAACAAGCAAAUGAACGAGAUAAUCGAAAAGAUGAAACAACUUCACAGCAUAAUCAUAGCAGUCACCGUUUAUCAACGUCAUCGUCAACCGUAACUACAAACACUCGUUCUCGACAAUCGAUAGAUGAUGUCCAGAAUCAACAACAACAACAGCAGCAACAAUUAUCAGGUACUAGUCAAACGGAAACAGACGAAUCAUCUUCAUCAUUACUUAACACUUCUACAUGUAAGCGUAAAGCACGUUCGUCGCCACAUCGUUCCACACGUCGUCAACGUGGAAAUAAUAAUUCAAAUAAUAAUAAUAAUAAUAAUAACGCCAGUGGUUCACAAAGUAGUGGAAGUAAUGGUGUGACUGGAUCAAAUACUCCUACUAGUUGUAAUUCGUCAGGAAACUUAGUUCAACAACAACACACAACAAUGCAACAACAACAUCUAUCAAGUUCCAGUUCAUCAAAUUAUCGUUGGACAAAAGAUAUGCCAUGUUCUUCGACGACCCACAUAGAUUAUGAUGAAAAUUCUCAAUGUAACAGUGAAGAUGAAUAUGAACAAACGACAUUUAAAUAUGAUAAAAAUAAUUUGAAUGACCUUGAAAUGCGUUUUGUUCGUGCACUUAAGGAGAAGAAAAGUUUUGUGAUUAAAGCAAUUAAAGAAGAUGGGGCUUGUCUAUUUCGUGCUGUCGCCGAUCAAGUUUUGGGUGAUGAAGAUCUUCAUGAUACCGUGCGUCAAAACUGUAUGGACUAUAUUGUGAAAAAUGCCGAUUUUUUUCGAAAUUAUAUAACCGAAGAUUUUGAUCAUUAUGUGUCAAGAAAGCGUAAACAUAACUGUCAUGGAAAUCAUAUUGAAAUGAUAGCAUUAUCCGAAUUAUACAAUAGACCAAUUGAAGUAUAUGAAUAUAGUACAGAACCUAUCAAUACUGUGCAUGGCAUGUAUAAAACAGACAAUGAACCAAUACGAUUGAGUUAUCAUUGUGGUGUUCAUUAUAAUUCAGUCAUUGAUCCGUGGAAACCAGUUCCGCUAGAUCGCGGAUCCGUGAGUAUUCAUAUUGCUCAAAAUACAUUAAUCCAAAAUACUAUUCGUCAAUCUGAAGAAAGUCACAUUGAACAAGCGAUGCUAGAUGAUAAAAUAAUGGCAACAGAUUGGGAAGCAACACAAGAUGAAUUAAUUCAACAAGUUGCACGUGAAUCGUAUUUAGAAUGGGUCUGUGAAACAGAACAACAAAGAAAUAAAGAUAAAUCGGUUCGUAGCUACAAUCCUAUUAAUUUUGUCUUUCACAAGACGUUUACUAUUUAG